AUGCGCCCAAAACACCAAUCUCCAACAACAGUAACCCGUUGUCCUAAGGAAGAGUCCCACCCUAGGCGGAGUGACGUACCAACUGUGGUGCAGUGGAACUGCCGAGGCCUCUCCGUCAAACACAGUGAGCUCAGCCUGCACCUGCAACGCUAUCCCAGCCCUGUGCUGGCACUCGCAGAAGCAGGGUUACCAGGGAAGCAAACUUUACCUGGAUACGUGAAACUUACAACCCAAUCCAUACCAAGUUUCCCCCAUGGGAGCGCGGCUCUUUUUAUUCGACGAGGGGUGCCUCACGUCCCAGUUGACACCAGCCGACUGUGUACAUUAUCGGCGGAAUUCGUGGCCGCAAAAGUCAGCCCCGGAAAUCGCUCGCUGCAUGUACUCGUCGGAUACGUACGUCCCGAUGGUACGCCUUUGCCGACGAAGGACAUUGUAGAGUGGUGUAAGGCCAUUGAGGGAGACCUUUUGCUGUGCGGUGACUUCAAUGCGCACUGCAAAGCAUGGGGAAGUCAGGAAACCAACAAGCGGGGAGACGCCCUCAAUCAUAUGAUAGAAGAGCUCGGACUGGUUGUCGCGAACAACGGUGCGCCUACCUUCUUCAGGCCCCCUCGAACGUAUAGUGUCCUCGACGUCACACCACACAAACCAUCGCUGGAGCUGACUUGGGAAACAGCACCAGAUACCAGAGGAAGCGACCACUUCCCCAUUCAUACCACGAUAAAGGGGUGCCAGACGGCCCGAAAGGUGUCGCGAUCGUGCACGAAAUGGGACGUUUUCCGUGCAUCCUUGGACCUCACCCAAACAGACAUCCCAGAAGCCAUCGUUCACGCGCUGCAGGCGGCAACGCGCACGUCCCGUGUCUCGGAAUGGCUCCCCAAACCGGACCUUACUCUCCUCAAUCUCCAAACGGCACGUAUCAGGGCGCAGAGGAAGCACCGCAGGACAAACAAUCCAGCGGAUAAGUCCAAGUUCAACAGAAUAAGAGCCAAGUUGCGAAGACACGCUAAAGCGCUGGUUAGAAAUAGAUGGAAGCUCAUGUGCAAAGACGUCGACGCACCCACCUCCCUCGCGACGUUGUGGGUGGUACUGGGGGCAAUGACCGGGAAACGUCGGACAAGACACGCUUUGCAAGUCCUAACGCUUGCGGCUAACGUAACACUCGUGGAUGCAGCAGAGAGACUAGGCGCACUGUACGCCCCCGCAGAAGCGACGGAACGACCGCUGGCACCCGACGCUGCGCCUGGGCCCCUAGAUGCCCCCUUUACUGCACCGGAACUCCAAAGCGCCCUCCGGAAGUGUCGUAAGAAGACUGCAGCUGGGCCCGACGGGAUCCCUUACCAGGCGCUCACGAACAUAACAAACGAUGCACUCGAGGCCCUGCUCACCUGGUUCAACUCCAUAUGGGACUCUGGCGACGGGCGCCUUCGGUGGUACCUGGACGAACGCAUGUGUCUCCCAGAGUGCAUGACUGGCUUUAGGAGAGGGCUGGCAGCACAAGACAUCAUCCUGGACCUCACGAGCGACCUUGAGGAAAACAAGAACAGGCGGAAAAACAUGGUGGCAGUCUUCCUCGACGUGGAACGAGCCUACGACGGCGUGCCGCCAUCCACUAUACUCCGGGGAUUGACUGAGAUUGGACUGACCGGAAAAAUUCAAGUCUUCCUCGCCAAUUUUCUUACCGGACGCAAGAUCCAGAUUCGAGCUGAAGGCGCGGCAUCCUCGCCAAGACUGCUUCACAGAGGACUGCCUCAGGGAAGCGUGCUAAGCCCGAUUCUUUUCAACAUGGUUAUGGCACCACUAACGCUCUCUCUUCCUUCGACCCCUGUCCCGGUUCAGGUGUCGAUCUACGCAGACGACAUCUGCCUCUGGGUUACGGGCAUUUAUACCACGCAGAUCCACCGCAGCAUACAAAGCGCCGUUCAAGCGGUAGACACCUUCCUGACCAAAUCGGGGCUAUCCCUUUCCCAGGAUAAGACAGUCUGGAUGCCGGUAUCCAGCGAGCUACGGAUCAAGCGCCUGCGAGCCAGAAAAGUUGGACCGAUCAACGCUCUCAGAGAAGCUGUGGAAAAACACAUCAAAGAAUGCUACGGUGGUUGGCUGCAGAUAUACACGGACGGCUUUGUAAACAAGGCUAGAACAUCCAGCACGGCAGCUUUCUACAUCCCGGAGUUAGCCCUGGAAUGGUGCGGCAGGCUACAGGCGAGUACAUCCUCCACGACGGCCGAGCUAGUGGCUAAUGACAAGGCCCUCCAAGCGGCUGCCCAGCUGUCACUUCACCGGAUGGUGCUCCUCACCGACUCAAGUGGAUCGCAGGCCUUAAGGGCAACGAACGGGCUGACAGUCUGGCCGGUGAAGCUCACCUAG